AUGCAGGGCCGCUGUCCGGUGGAGUAUGGACCGCUGCGUAGCAGGCCAUCGCGCUGGUGUGCCAACUGGCCCUGGGCCGCGCAGGCCCUGCCUCGGCUGUGCGCUCUUGUCACGUGGAUCCCAUUGCACACACGCAGGGCUGACCAAUGCGGUAGACCUGGAGUUGGCUUCGCACAUGACGCAGAGCCUCGUCGUGCCGGCUGCCCGGUGCUUCUCUGUUUGCUCUGUGUGCGCCGAGCCUGCUUCCUUGUGGGAGCCAACGGGGAGCCCCAGUGGACUGUGGUCCUCAGCAAAGGCUCAGCUCCAGCUCCGCCUCGGAGGACCCCGAAGGGCACAUCCAUCCGUCGGUCUGCCUUCCCGGACAUCGCCUUCGGUGGCGAACUGGAGGCCGAUGUCGUCGCCGACGCAACUCGGCGAUUGGCGCUCUUGCGAGUGGCCUCCGUGACGGCCGAUUGCGUAACACUUGCCAAGCCGGUUCAAAGCCAAGCCGGUGCCUGGGUGGAUGUCAUCCCAGAGGUGAACACGGACACCGGCAUCAGCAAUGAGGCGGAUGGCCCCCGGAGUCGUCGAUCGUGGAGUCUUUGUGGCCUGGUCUUCGGCCUUGCGCCAGAGGCCCGGAGUCCCCCUGCCGACCUCCUGCAGCACAGUUCCCUGAGCCUUCCGGGGGAUGGACUUGUGAUUGGAGUUGUGCGAGAAAAGCUGUCACUGUUCCUUUUGGCCACGCUUGUGGAGGUGGCCAUCCGACGAGCCACCUGCGAUUUCUUGCCCAAGCGAAAGCAAAGAGACGAUUCCAGCAUGUUCGUGACUGCUUUUGGUCGUGUGCCCCAGAUCUCUGAUCACUGCUUUCAAGUCUUGGUUUGUAGCUUCUUCUGGAGCCCAAAGGCAUCCAGCAUCGCGAAGGGCAACGUGAGGGCCUGCGAAGACCUCCUGGAGCACGAAGGGCUGCUGCAGUAUUUCUACGGCGAGUCCCAUGGCUCUGUCUGCGAGCUGCACGGGUCCAACGCGAGUUUCCUUCGCAGCUUGAUGUCUCGGCAGUCCGUGGCUGUGGACGAAGCGUGUUUUGUGGAGGCCGACGCCCAGGAGAUUGAAUCCAUUCAGGGCAUCUGCCGUAGCAUGUUCGUGUCCAAGAGGCGUGGGAUGACUCUGACAGAGAUCGAGAUGAAGGAGCUCCGACAUCGAGCUGGAGCUUUUGCUUCAGAUGCUGUGGAGACGCAGGCAGUGGUGAAAGUGGUGGCAAAGCCGCAAGCAGCGCCCCCAUCACAUUCGCGAGAAGGCGCAUCGCCGGCCAAGAACCCUGUGUCAUCUGUGUCGCGUGCAGGCUUCAGUGGCAUGUUCAAGUCAGGCCCACUCGAGCAAGCUGCAAGACCUGCUGCAGCACCAUCAGCACAGCGGGGAAGGUUGAAGCAGGCGGACUUUGACUUCGAUUGGACCAUCUCCAAAAUCCACGCCUUCAAGCAGCUCGCCGGGCGGGAGCUGGGUGUGGAUGCGCCUCAGGCGCUAUCGGAGCACUGGCACAUCCACCGGCUGAAUGCAUCGCAGGCCACCUGCCAGGACAGCAAUGGCACGGGGGCUCCGUGUGCUGCAGGAAGAGGGCUCGUUUUGGACGGCAUGACCUGCGCGCGUGGGGCAGCUGAACAGCUUCUUUUCGAGUUUACAGUAAAGGUGUCCGGCGCUCACAUCACAAAGGGCAAUUUGGGGCUGCUGCAGUACUUCGAGAAGGUCGUUGGGACAUCAGGGCAGUUCUACGGCGAGUCCGACUUCGAUCGUGCCAACCCGGAGCCAUCACUGCUGGAGGCGAGCUCUCACUGCGAGCUGCACGAGUCCAUCGCGAGUUUCCUUCGCAGCUGGAUGUCUCGGCAGUCCGUGGCUGUGGACGAAGCGUGCUCUGUGGAGGCCGACGCCCAGGAGAUUGAAUCCAUUCAGGGCAUCUGCCGUAGCAUGUUCGUGUCCAAGAGGCGUGGGAUGACUCUGACAGAGAUCGAGAUGAAGGAGCUCCGACAUCGAGCUGGCGCUUUUGCUUCAGAUGCUGUGGAGACGCAGGCAGUGGUGAAAGUGGUGGCAAAGCCGCAAGCAGCGCCCCCAUCACAUUCGCGAGAAGGCGCAUCGCCGGCCAAGAACCCUGUGUCAUCUGUGUCGCGUGCAGGCUUCAGUGGCAUGUUCAAGUCAGGCCCACUCGAGCAAGCUGCAAGACCUGCUGCAGCACCAUCAGCACAGCGGGGAAGGUUGAAGCAUGCGGACUUUGACUUCGAUUGGACCAUCUCCAAAAUCCACGCCUUCAAGCAGCUCGCCGGGCGGGAGCUGGGUGUGGAUGCGCCUCAGGCGCUAUCGGAGCACUGGCACAUCCACCGGCUGAAUGCAUCGCAGGCCACCUGCCAGGACAGCAAUGGCACGGGGGCUCCGUGUGCUGCAGGAAGAGGGCUCGUUUUGGACGGCAUGACCUGCCCGUGUCCGGCGCACACAUCACAAAGGGCAAUGUGCGGCUGCUGCAGUAUUUCGAGAAGGUCUUUGGGACAUCAGGGCAGUUCUACGGCGAGUCCGACUUCGAUCGUGCCAACCCGGAGCCAUCAUUGCUGGAGGCGAGCUCUCACUGCGAGCUGCACGAGUCCAACGCGAAUUUCCCUCGCAGCUUGA